CGGCGACGCGCGCGGCUGGGCUGCGCCGCUCCGGGCCCGCGGCCAUGCCCAAGCGGGCCUGUCCGUUCGCAGACGCGGGCCCGCUGCAGCUGAAGGUCCGGGUUGGCCAGAGGGAGCUGAGCCGCGGCGUACGCGCCGAGCAGCACUCGCGAGAGAUCUUCGAGAAAACCAAGCAACUCCUUUUUCGAGGGGCCCAGGCCUACAUGGACCACUUGUGGGAGGAGAGCUGUGCCAUCGUUGACCUGCCAGAGUCCCCGAAGCCUGGCCCCACAGAGGCCCUGCGGGCCGCACGUGGGCAGAUGCUGAUUGGACCAGACGGCCGACUGACCAGGAGCCAAGCCCAGACCUCUGAAGCUGACCUGUCCAGGGCAGUGACCAGAGCCUGUUCCUCGUGCGUGCGAGCGCUGGACGGGAAGGCGGUGUGCGGCCAGUGCGAGCGUGCCCUGUGCGGGCGGUGCGUGCACGUCUGCUGCGGCUGUGGGGCUGUGGCCUGCAGUCUGUGCGCGCUUGUGGACUGCGGUGACGUUCAUGAGACGGUGCUCUGUGCCGGCUGCGCCAUGUUCGAGGCCUGAGGGCUGGAGCGGACGACAGCCUUCCCGGACAGGCCGCACGGGUGCCAAUGCUGUGGGGCGGGGGCAGGGGCGGGGGGGGCUAGUUUAUAUUUUGUACUGAGGGCAGAGUGAAUAAACCCCUUUAUAUUUGGA